AUGGCUGUUCAGGCUGCUAUUAUGAACUCUCAGUUCCUGAAUUUCUGUUUCCCUGGCUCAGUCAUGGAGUACGAGAUGGGGAAAGGUCUGGAAGGGGGUCUUUUAGGUGUUGUGGAAAGUGAGGAGGAUUUCAGGGAGACCACCAGGGAUCUUCUGAGCUUCAUUGACUCUGCAUCCAGCAACAUCAAACUGGCCCUUGACAAGCCAGUCAAAUCCAAAAGGAAAGUCAAUCACCGCAAGUACCUGCAGAAGCAAAUCAAAAGAUGCACCGGUAUGAUUACACCAAGCAAUGCAAGCCAGGAACCCUGCAAGAGACAAACUUCUCCCCAGUCUCCAGCCACCGCUCUACAGGGGAAAACACCUCCCAAGCGGGACGGAGUUCAGGCCAGCCUCCAGAGCAAGAGUUUGGCUGCGCUUUUUAAUCCCGCUAAGGACGUACGGGCCGAACGAGCCAGGAAGCCCCCGCUGCGACACCGAAACCUGCCGCCUUCCUUCUUCACUGAACCGGCCCAAAGCCCCAGGGUCACCUCCACGUCCGGCAUGUCCCUGAAAGACCUGGAACGGGGAAACCCGGAGGCAGCUGAGUUUUUUGAGCUGUUGGGCCCAGACUACAGCAACAUGAUCACAGACCAGGACCUUUUCCAGACCACGUCCAUCAGGGUCCAACAGGACAUGGCCGUCCCUGAGCCGGUCUCUUACGACUCCAACCAUUACGUCACCGGCGGUUUCCUGUACACGGAACCUUGGAAUACUUGCGGCGGCCCACCCAAAAAAGCGGGUGAGAUGCGGACACCUCCGGCCCAGUCUGCCCUGUACAGUCACACAGACACAGCGGCUCCUUUGCCUGUGGAGGAAAACCCAACCUGUCCUUUGACGUUCUCCAGCUUCUUCACAGAGUGCUCAGCCCAGCAGGUCACAUAUGAUUUGACUAGUGGAUACAACAGAGGUAGCUUCCCAUCUCUCUAG